AGCAUGUUAAAUUUUUCCAAGUCUUCCCAGACCGGGUCAAACUUCGACAAGAUUAACUUUGACAAAAUUGUUACAGAGUCCAACUUGCGGAAGUUUCUCGGGUAUCAGUGGAUACGCAAGAACAAAGAUCUCUUGCACAAGAAGGGGAAGAACAAGACUCCCAAAAAGACUGGACCUGGGAAUGAGGCCUCGGGGGGUCCUUCGUGGAAGGUCUCAAAAAAGAAGACUCAGAAUCCAAUUGCGGACUCCCGGACUAGGCUUCCGAAGGCAGCCUCCAGAAUGAAGCAUCCCGAUGAUCUUUGUCUCGUUAAAACGGAUUUGGUAUCCUCCGAGGCUUGCCACACGAGUACGCGUUCUAAACGUAAGGGCGAAGAGAAGGUGCGAGAAAUUUCGAAGAGGCCCAGAUCUCCCUCAGAACCCUCAGAGGAAGUCUGUCUUUCCUUCCGGAUCGAGAACCUAUUUGGUCCCGUACCUGAACACGUUUUCUCCCGGGAGUCUGGAGCCGAGCUAAGCGGACCACAGAAUUCUCCCCAACCAAGUCCCAUUCCAGGGCCCGUACUCUCGCUUCCGGAAGUUGAGCCGGAAUUCACUUGCGCUCAAGAUACGCAAAAAUCAGCUGCCAUGAAUCCCAUUCCGGUCGGGGAUGAAGGACAGCAGCAUGUUGGAGUCGAGGAGCCGCGACCGGUCGAAACCAUUGAGCAGCAGCCGCACCUGAGCGAGGAGCAACAGCAGGUCGAAACGUUACAGGGAUACCCCGAAGCUUUCGUAGACGCUUUCGUUGAUGCUGCCGUUCAUGCUAUCGCUACUCCUCAAACCGGUUUCGUGGAGAGCCUGCGUAAGUCGUUUAGGAAUGUUAUGAAUGCGUCCGAGAUGCAGGCUCACUUUGUGAGUGCAAGCUCUCAGCCCAAAGUUUCGGACGCCGAGGUAGAGCGUCUGAAGAGUGACAUCAAGGCUAGACAAAAGCAGAUAGAAAAGCUACAAGACGAUGUUUCCGAAGUCAAGGCUACAAACGCAUUGCUGCGGGGUCAGCUGUUCAAGGCCAAUGAGGCUAAGAAGGUUCAUUCCGCUGAACUUAGUGCGGCUCGAGCUCGGGGUGUAGAGCAGGAGAUGGAGGCUGAGAUGAGGUACGAGAAGAUGGAGAGGGAGGCUGAGAUGAGGUACGAGAAGAUGGAGAGGGAGGCUGAGAUGAGGUACGAGAAGAUUCGGAAGAAGUUCCAACACUCCGAGUCCAAGGCCAAGCGUUUUCGGAAGGAGCUCGCAGGGGUGCCGUGGUUCAUGGAGAUCAGUUGGGGCCGAGGCGCCAAUUGGAUGGAUAAGAAAUACAGAAGUACUUAUAAGAAUUUUCAGUUCGACCCCGCGACUGAGAAUAGGUUUUCCCUUGACAAUUUUCCUGGCGAUGCACGUCGCGAGCUUCGCACAAAAGGGCAGCGGUAUUUUCCGGACGUCCCGGAUUGGGGUGAGAACGCCGAACCUUCGGCUUUCGAGUUUACUCCGGUUUCGGAAGAUGAACGUGGCGAAGGGGAAGGAACAUCGUAAUUUUUUCUUGGAGACGCAAACUCGAGGACGAGUUCGUUCGAAGAAGGGGAGAAUGAACAUUUGUUUUUCAAGUGUGGGUUUAGUAGAAGGGUUUGGGGGAAAUUUGUGAAGUCUUGUUUGAUUGCUGAUCCAUUUGUGGAAUGGAGUGAUGUAGCCAAAUGGAGCAUGGAGGUUCUGCAGGGGAAAAGUUUACAAGCUGAUCUUUGUAGGCUCUGUAUUGCAGCUACAGUAUAUCAUUUAUGGAAGCAACGUAACGACCUCUGCCAUGGGAAUACUCCUCGUACAGAGAAGAAGAUUGAGCUACAAAUACGAUGGAAAGUACGGACUAGGAUCUUGGCCAAGGGACGGUUCAAGAAGAAUGCAAAGAAUGAUAAACUAGUCCAAAACUGGAAUUUAUAAAUUCUGGUGUAAUUGUUGAGUUGCUGUUUUGAGAGGUGUAGGGAGCCCUUUUUGCUUAGGGUGUGUUUCUUCCGUUUGGAAGCUUGUUUCCAGUUUUAACUGGAGUGUUGUUUUAGACUGGUUGUUCUAUAA